AUGGUGACGCGAAAAGUGUUGAUAGUUAUAGGGAGCCAUUUUGCUCAAAUGCUGUCAUCAGGAAUGAGUUUUUCCUUCGGGAUUUUGUACAGGGAAAUACGACUAGAGUUUGGUACCAGUCAGUCGGACGCUGCGUGGACUGCAUCUAUGUUUAAUUCAUUGCUUGGUUUUGUAGGGUUUCCACUUGGAAUACUGACUCAGAAAACUGGGGAAAGAUGGCUAGCAGUUGCCGGUGCUGUUCUCCUUGCAGUCGGUAUGCUUUCGAGUAUGUUUGCAACAGGGAUGACAGCAAUAUAUUUCACGUAUGGAUUGAUAGCUGGUUUAGGUUCCGGAACCAUACACUACUGUGGAAACACAAUUCUCGGGCCUCACUUUAACGACAAAUGGCGACCAGUAGCAAUGACCGUUGCAAAUGCUGGGAUUCCUUUGAGUACUUUGAUUUUACCACCUGUCAUGACUGUAUUAAUUGAAAAAUUCGACUGGAGAAAGACUUUUAUGUUCCUAAGUCUCUUGUCGUUGAUUGGAAUACCAUCAGGACUGACAUUUUUCCCUCCUGAGAAAGUUACUGUUGAAGGAGACGAGCACAUGGUUGAAGAUCCAUUUGAUUUGAAAACAGCAUUGAUUAAACUGCUGAAAAACAUGAACUACGUCUUGUAUGCAACAGCUUCUUUUGUGGCCUAUUUUGGACUCUUUCUUCCUGCUACUUUCCUACCAGAUCUUAUGUAUGAGGCAGACCGCAGUUCGACGGAAGUUUAUAUCAUAGUGAUGGUUCUCGGGGCUACAGAUUUCUGUGGGCGGCUACUGUUUGGUGCAAUAUCGCAUAAAGUGACAAAACUUAUACCAUUCGUACACAGUUUUGGUUUACUACUGUUUAGUAUAGGGACGGCGUUAUUAACCUUGGCGUCUUCCUUUAUAUCAUUCAUAGCUCUUGCAGCGGUUCUUGGCUUAGGAGCAGGUGGAUUUAAUGGUUUACACAGUGUAAUGGCAGCUCAUGUUGUGCCUGUUAGUCAAAUGAGACUGGCCUAUGGCCUGGUCAUCAGUUUGGGAGGGAUUCCAAUGUUGUCUGGUAUGCCACUUGCAGGCCUGAUUUCAGACUCGUAUGGAAAUCAAAGAGGUGCUUACAUUUUCAGUGCAUGCCUUUUCGGACUUGGGGCGUUAAUAACAUGCCUCAUAGGUAUCAGAGAAAUAUGUGGUCAGUCCAGAAUUUAUGAAUUUGAAGAAACCGAACUUAAAUAUACCGGUAGUCAAACAGAUGAAAAUAAAAUACGUGUAAACAAAAUUCAACAAGUCGUUGAUCAGCACAAAGAUGAGGAUGAGAAGUAGUAAAAAGAAAUAAAAAGAAAUGAAUAUAUGCAUUUUAAUACAGAUUUAGUACAGUACGUACUGUUCAAACCUUGUUCUUAACGAAGGUAAAUUGGAUUCUAUUUUAUAAAACAGGGAAUUAAUAGUUUAAAUGGGUGACAGCGGUGUAAUUUAAAAGUAGAUUGAAAAUGAAAGUCCGUCUAUUCCAUAUGAAGACAUAAUCUCAGACAAUAUGGAUGUAGAUGUAAGAAGUAUUCAUACAACUUUGGAAAAGUUAUUUAUUAACAUUUAGUGUCGUAAAUA